AUGUCUCCUCCAACUCCAGACGCUAUCAGCGCCAUCGCCGAAGACAUGAAGACUCUGGUGAAGAAAAUCCAAGAUCUUCGCCACCUCGGUGUCGAAGACCAUAGCAUUGCGCUCCCCAAGGUCUGCGUCAUUGGAGACCAAAGCACAGGAAAGAGCUCCCUCAUUGAAGGCAUGUCCGAGAUCAAGGUGCCGCGGAGCUCUGGGACUUGUACUCGUUGUCCGAUGGAGAUCAAUCUCACGGAGAGUGACCAACCCUGGGCUUGCAAGGUCUAUCUGUCCAGAAAGUACAUGUUCGAUAAGUCGCAGAGGCUUCCCAAGCCGAAGAGGUCUAAGCCCUUGGGCCCAUGGAUUGAGCAGGAUGCCGAAGACGAACUCUUCAUAACCCUCGAUGACAAAGACGACAUCCAGGAUGCUAUCAUGUGGGCACAACUCGCAAUCCUGAAUCCCGGAAGACCCAGCACCGACUACGUCCCAGGACAGAACGAGGGCAUUGACACAUCCUGCCAAGUCAAGUUCUCUCCCAACGUCGUUCGUAUCGACAUCUCUGCCCCCAACUUUCCAACCCUCUCGUUCUACGAUCUACCGGGUGUUAUUAGCCAGGCCGAGGUUGACGAGGAAAAGUACCUUGUUGCUCUGGUCGAGAACCUUGUCAAGGAGUACAUUUCUCAAGAGAACUGCAUUGUUCUUCUGGCCUUGCCAAUGACAGAUGAUGCCACAAACUCCAGCGCAGCACGCAUCAUGCGCGACGUGCAAGGUGCAAAGCAGAGAACGCUGGGUGUCUUGACAAAGCCAGAUCGUAUCCAGAGAGGAGAGUCGUACGCUCAGUGGAUUGAAAUUCUGGAAGGUGACAAGUUCACACUCGGACACGGAUACUUCGUCGUCCGCAACAACCACGACCCUGCCAUUCCGCACGCCAAAGCCAGAGACGAGGAAGACGCCUUUUUUGCGACCAGCCCUUGGACAACAGAUCUGGCAGCUUACCAGCCCAGAUUUGGCACCCGUCGGCUCCAGGCCGCCCUGUCCAAUCUUCUCCUUUGUCAGAUUCAACAGUGCUUGCCACGCAUUAUUGAACAGAUUGACCAGAAGGCCGCACGCAUCGACAGCGAGCUCAAGACUCUUCCCGAUCCCCCAUCAGCCAACGUUCAAUACAUCCUGUGCAAAUGCCUCAACGAAUUGAAAGAUAGGAUCCGUGCAAACUUUGACGGAGGCUCAUCUCAAUACCCUCUUUUGAAACUUUGGACCCACAUGGCUAUGGACUUUCGACGAGCCCUUGUGAAAACUCGCCCGACGGUUCAACUAUUAACCACCGAAGAAAUGCACUGGCCUGUUGCCCAAGACCAGGACUCAGAUUGUGAGAUGACCUCCGUACAACAAACCUUGAAGCGAAAGCCAUCUGUCCAGCCAUCGGAUAGACGUCGGGCUCAGACAACUCCAGUCUCGCCAGAGGCUAGACAGAAGCCAGCGAAGACUGAGUCAUCGGGAUACUAUACAGAGCAUUUUCAGCAGUUUAACAAACCGGCUCGCAUGUUUACCUGGGGGGAGAUCAGGGACAUCAAUGAGGACUCAUACCGCGCUGGAAUACCCGACCAGGCGGAUCCCAAGGCGGUUGAGAUAAUGAAGCAGAUGAGCGUCGAACACUGGAAUUUACCAAUGGAGACAUUCCUCGAGGCAACCCAUCGCCUGGUGCGGAACACAUUAUCAAAGUCAUUGAAAGAUGUCUUCCAAGACUACUAUAAAACUAGUCUUUACCGGGAACUCAAAAGGAUCAUCGAAGAGUAUCUCUCAUCCAUUGCAGAAGAACAUGUUCGACACUCACGGGAGAUCUACGAAAUUGAACAUAACAAGCCGUUCACCAUGGCACUCCUCGCUCUGGAGCAGGCUACCAAAGAAUCGCAUAAAUACUUGUUCGACCGCCGCCGUGACGCAAGAGCCAAGUCGUAUUUGAACAAGCAGGGGAAGUUUCUUCCGGAUGACCCCAGACGCGACGCCGAAAUCAAGAAGAUCACCGAAGAUAAGAAUGCUGAAGAUAUCCUUGGCCCCGAUCAGUACGCACAGGAAUUGAAGAUGAUGGCUGCUACUCGCGGGUACUACGAUGUCGCAAGCUCGAGGUUCGUGGAUUCCAUCUGCCAGACAGUCCACACCAAGCUGUUCAUCCAAUGUCGUGAAAAUCUGAUCCCAGUGAUCGAGAAAACUCUGGGCAUUUUCAACGACAAUGCAUCUGAACGUUGCCAAGAGCUCAUGGCUGAAGACCCGGAACGCCAACAUCGUCGGCAGUACCUUCUUCGCGAGAAAGCGAAGGUCGAUCAGGCCCAGCACUGGCUUUCGACUGUCAAGAAAGAGGAGGAUGGCAGCGAAGACUCUCUGUUUUGCAGAAUGUAG